UCAUCCUCAUUGACUCUAUUAAUUAGCUCUCAGAAUACUCUCUUCGAGGCAGAGGCAGAGGCAGAGGCAGAUGGCGCUCAAGAGCGGCUGCCGAGUUAUGAAUAAUUUGGUGCAUUUACUUCUUCUAUCAGUAUUGGGAAUAGUUUUCGGGGCAAAACCGGCGCUCAGCGGCCAGAUUGUCCAGUAUUUGCCUGGGUUUGAUGGCGAACUUCCUUUCAAGCUUGAGACUGGAUACAUUAACGUGGAUGAAUCUGAGUUGUUCUAUUAUUUCAUUGAGUCAGAAGGCGACCCACAAGGGGAUCCCCUUUUUCUUUGGCUUACUGGCGGCCCUGGCUGUACUGCUUUCAGCGGUCUCAUCUAUGAAGUUGGUCCAAUGGAGUACGACGUAGAAACCUACACCGGAGGAUUACCAAAACUGAGAUAUUAUCCCUAUGGAUGGACAAAGAGUGCUAGCAUGAUAUUUCUUGAUUCACCUGUGGGUACUGGUUUCUCCUAUGCAAGAACUCUGGAAGGUUGGGCUUCAUCGGACAUGAAAUCAGUUGAACAAGCCUAUCAGUUCCUAAGGAAGUGGUUGGUUGAACACCCUCAAUAUCUUGCAGUUCAACUAUAUAUUGCUGGUGAUUCUUAUGCAGGAAAAAUAGUCCCAUUGAUCACUAAGAAGAUAAUGGACGGUAACAAAGACAAAGCUGAGCAAUUUUUGAAUGUCAAAGGAUAUUUGGUUGGGUCUCCGCGUACUGAUCUCCUUACUGAAGAGAACUCAAAAGUAGAACUUUUUCAUCGGUUGGCACUUAUAUCAGAUGAGAUCUAUGAGAAUCUUAAAAAAAGUUGCAAUGACAGUUAUGUGACAGUAGAUCCAUCCAACACACAGUGCUUAGCUGCUCUUCAAGAUUUGAAGAAGUGUGUCAAAGAUCUGUCAACCAGGGAUUUUCUGGAGCCAAAUUGUGAACUAUCAUCCAAUGAUCUUGCAGAUGUCUUGGACCGAAGAUCUGUUACAGAAGGUUCUUUGGACUCAGAGUUCCUUCUACCACCAAUGUCAAUGGCUGCAAUUUCUUAUUGCACUGCUUUUAGUAUUACACACAACAAAAUAUGGGCAAAUGAUGAGAGUGUUCAAGAAGCACUGCAUGUUCGAAAGGAAACCGUACGGCAUUGGGAGAGAUGCAACAAUAGCUUAUUGUACACCAAGGAUAUAAAGAAUGUCGUUCCUGUUCAUAAAGAACUCAGUGGAUUAGACUUGGAAGUACUUGUAGAGAGUGGUGAUCAUGACAUAGCUGUUCCAUAUAUUGGUACUUUGAAAUGGAUAAAGUCUCUCAAUUUGUCUGUAGUUGAUGGUUGGAGGCCAUGGCAUGUGGACAAUCAAGUCGCAGGGUACACGACCAAGUAUUCGGAGAAAGGGUAUCAUUUGACUUUUGCAACUGUAAAGGGCGCAGGUCACCCAGCCCCGGAGUUCUAUCGCAGAGAGUGCUUUUACUUGUUUGAUCGUUGGAUUAAACAUAAAACUAUCUAAAAGGCUUAAAGAUCGUUUUGUUUUCUUUCUUUCGCUAUGUAAACACGAAUGUUUAUGUGAUACCAUGCAUGCAUCUUGUGAAAACUUCAAUCUUAGUAGAAAAAUAAUUAUGGAAGGUUACAAAAAUUCUUGCA